AGGACCGAGGCCGGUGGUUGGUUUGAUCUGAGCCACGUGUGCGUCCAGCCACGUCUCUUCGCCGCUUCAUGGAUGUCGAUGAAAUGUUGUCUUCCCCUGCUGCUCGGUCCCUCCUGUCUUGGCCCAGGUUUUCUGACAUGAGGUGAUGUGUGUGUCCUUGCGGAAGGAAUCAGACAGCCACGCUUUGGUCUGUCACUCUCCAGUGAAUAUACAGCUCAAUAACUAGUGUCAAGGUGUCUAUGAAGCAGGCACUGUGCUGCUCAGUAACAAACUGUGGUUGUUGUGGGUAGCUCCCAGGUAUGAAUCCCUUCAAGCAAAUGACUGCGAAGCAGAACACAGAAAACGACCACUGAGUACACUGAAGUGAAAACACAGGAUCUACUGGCAAUGUCGCUCUGCGCUGUGAUGAGGUCAGACCGGGUGUUCAGGCUGAGAAACAUGCUCUACCUCCACAACACAGGGCAGCCUUGAACUCUGCUUCGUCACCCUCUCCAUCCUCAGCCAUGAGUGUAACUGUAAGCUGAUAGUAUGUGAUCAACAGCACCGUGGCACCCAACAUCCUGCUGCUUCACCACCUCAAUAAAACCGUUUCAGUCUGUGUUGUGAAAAUGGCAGAAGAGGGUUUCCAGCUCAGAGCUCUCGACUGUGCCGAGGACAAAGAGCUGCAGCCAGCUGACUUCCCAACGUCAUCGCUAGCAUCCCUCCAUCUCAGGGACGAGGCUGUGGUCAUCAACGAGAGCACCAACCAUAUGGGGGAUAAUCCUGAGCCUCAUUCUGUAUUUUCUGUGAUGAUGUCAUCACCACUUAACCAAUCACGACAGCAGUCAGACAUAUCUGUGGCUACUAGGCCUGAGCCUUCACCAGCAGUUCAAGAGUUCUUGGAGUCCAAGAUGGGCCAAAACGACAGCGAGGCUCGGUCUCACACCCUGACGGAGUUCCUGAAGGACCUUUCCUCCUCUGUUGGUCAUGACGAUGCACUAAGAACCAACAUCGUCAAGGACGGAGAACUUCAACCCAAGAACAACAUAACCAAAGCGAUGGCAGCAUGUGACUCCAGCUGUGAUGACAACCAUCUAUCUGAUGCGGAGUGGUACUGGGGAAAUACCUCAAGAGAGGAAGUAAACGAGAUGAUGAGAAACACUCCUGAUGGCACGUUCCUGGUCCGAGAUGCUUCCAGUAAGGUGAAGGGGGAAUACACUCUCACACUGAGGAAAGAUGGCUCCAACAGACUGAUAAAGAUCUUCCAUCAUGGGGGGAAGUAUGGUUUUUCUGAGCCACUGGCCUUUCCCUCAGUGGUGGACCUGAUCAAGUAUUACCAGAACAAGUCCCUGGCCCAGUACAACUCUAAACUGGACACACAGCUACUCUACCCCAUUACCAGAUACCAGCAGCAGCAGGUUGGGAUGGAAGUUGACAUUGAUGCAGUUGGAGAACAGCUGAGGAUAUUUCAGGAGCAAUACAGAGAGAAGAGCAAAGAGUACGACCGUCUGUUUGAGAAGUUUAACCAAACCUCUCAGGAGCUGCAGAGCAAGCGGACGGCCAUAGAGGCUUUCAGUGAAAUAAUCCGGAUCUUUGAGGAGGAGUGCGAAACUCAAGAACGCUACAGCAAAGAAUACAUCGACAUGUUCCUCACAUUAGACAACAGUACAGAGUCAGACAAGAUUCAAAGCAAUUCAGAUGAGCUGCAGUCAAGGGUGGAGGAGAUACACAACAGCAAGAAGAAGUUGGAGGAGGAGCUGAGGAGGAAGGCGGUAACUCACAUGGAGGUCGACAAGAAAAUGAACAGCCUGAAGCCCGACCUUGUGCAGCUCAGGAAGAUCAGAGAUCAAUACCUGCUCUGGCUCACCCAGCAAGGCACCAGGCAGAGCCAAAUCAAUGACUGGCUGGGUAUCAGGAAUGAAGAAGAAGACCCGUACACUCUGGCAGAUGAUAUCGACCAGGAGGAGAGGAGCUGGUACGCUGGUGGUAUGAGACGUAAGGAGGCAGAGGAGUUACUGAGAGGGAGGAGGGACGGGACGUUCCUGAUCAGAGACAGCCAGACUCAGAGAGGCUCCUUUGCCUGCUCUGUUGUCGUGGAUGGGGAUGUGAAGCACUGUGUGAUCUACAGGACGUCCACAGGGUACGGCUUCGCUGAGCCCUACAACCUGUACCCAUCUCUGAAAGAGCUGGUCCUCCACUACCGACACACAUCCCUGAUCCAACACAACCAGCAGCUGAAUGUAACCCUGGCCUGGCCCGCUCUCAGCCAGCAGCCCAGCUGAGACACACCAGCACGCCACCCUGAUGGCACUUUCCCAAACGCUUCACUGUAUUUGCACCACAGACGAACCAACAUGGGCACUGUUGCCAGGCUCUGACAGGGUACCGGUUAGUGUCGUCACUAUAGGAGAAUUUCCAGAAACAGCUUCAGUGCUCAGAUUUGGAUAUCUAAAAACCCUACACUGGUAAGAUGCCAAAGCAAGGUUGAUGACUUCACUUCCUGUCAGCUUUUUUAGUUGAAUAGAGUGGCUGCAUAUUAACGGUAACUCUGCUCUAAUCUAGUUUAUUUUGUAAAGCUAUUAUUCCUAAUAUUAAAAAUCCCAUUUACUCGCCAUCUGCACAUACAGCUUGCAAAACACAAUUGGGAUUAAGUACUUAGCUGUUCACAGAAUUCGGCAUUGAAUUAAAUCUUGUGCAGCAGUAUUGAGGUAGUCCUGGAAUACUGCCUCGUCAUAACAACACUGGUGGUGGUGUCAGCGAGUUUCCCAAACUGCUGCCGGUAUUAAAGCUGCAAACAUCUUAGCAGUGUAGUGGUUUAUAACAAUGAUAUCAGGGUAACACAAAAUACAAGUAUCUAGCUUCAGAAUACUAAACUGAUUAGGAACAAUCAAAAUAGAGAGAGAUAAUUUGGCUUGCUGUUUUUAAGUAUGAAAAGGAGGGUAUAUUUUCUGUGGAGAGAAAUUGAUUUUUUUAAGAAGCAGGUUUCAUACAGUGUUGACGUUACAGUCUCUAGAUUUGGCCACUCUUGCCUCAAACACGGACUAACAUUUUGUCCAACUAUCCAAAUUAAUGCUCGGCCUCAAUCACCUUCCCUCCACAGUGCGUAUCUUAAAUCAAUACAGUCAGUGCAGUUGCAGUGUUUAAGAUGGGGAAAUGAGCUCAGGAUGGGACUCUGCACUACCAAGCACAUAUGCGCUAUGGGUAGUGUAGUGUAGAAACUGAGGAGACACACAAGCACUUUAUCCAAAACAAGACAACCAGAGUACACACGAGCACACAGAUGCGAGCUGGAGACUCGUGAGGCACUGAUUUCACAUAUAUUGAUGUUGCUGGUUGGAAAGAGGUUUUUAUUUCAGUGAUAUAUAAGAAGUUAUUUUCUUACUGUCAUCUUUAUUCUGCACAUUAUCUUCAGGACAUUACAAAUGAGAGGAAAGAGGAGCUCAUGGAUUUUACCUCUGGGGUAUAUUUAUGCUUCACAGCCCCUAUUUUCGUCAUUAUAGCAUCUUCCAGAUUAUCAGAAGAUUAUUUUCAUUCACUGAAAAAAGGGACAAUCAUGUUUAAAUUAGUGUAAUCUACGUGUUGCUUUAAACUCACUCAUGAACACUUUAAUGUGUUAGUAAUAAUAUAUGAGCGGGUAUUAAAACUGUGAAGCAGCAGACGUGAGGCACAGGCUGACAAUGAAAGCAUUUCUGUGUGUCGUGUACAUGCACAUUUUGGAUUAUUGACCCCAAAUAAGCACAAUUACUUCUAAGUAUCUGGGAGAUACCAGUCUGGUUCAGAUUAAUCUUUAGAGAAUCAGUCAGCUGUUUUUUAGUUUCUAUAUUUUUUGGUUGGUGUUGGUGAUCCAGGAGCUUUGCUAACUGUCUGGAGUCUGAUGUGGAGUGAUAAUGGUGUUUAGAUUUUGGGUUCUGGUUGAAAAGUGCCCUUAAGUGUUCCUGUUCCAGCCAUCGUGAUUUUCUUUGUGUUACUCUCAGGAGCGAUGUCUCGUCCCCUACAUGGUGUGUUGGGUGUAAUCAACAAUGUUAGGAUGGACUGAACAGUGACGUUGUGUCAGGCUGGAUACAAGGUUACAACAGCACAAAAACCCUAGAGUACCCUGAGAGAGUAUUAUUAUCAAAGGUAGCUGUGUUCCUAUAAUAGCAUCAUAUUUCCUAUAAUAAUUACAUUUAACUGUUUUGUAAAAGUGAGUGUCACAUGGAUCUUAUUCCUCAGAAAUUUCCACAUUGAGCUUAGAUCACACUUGGCACGAGAUGCUGCGCACAUGACAUGGGCCUGUGUACCAGGGGCUGGAUGCAUAAAACUGUGUUGAUUCACGACAAAGACUGUGUGUGCACACAAAGGCAGAAAUAUGAAUACGCAUUCUUUUUUUCAUUUAUAAAGCCAUGCAUAUGCCCAAUUCUUAAUUUAAAAUCUCAUUCAUUGCGGCGCUGGGCGCACAUACACAUACAUACAUCUGUGUGUAUAUCGAUACUUGUGCACCUCCACCGCUCAUUAGACUGUUGGUGAGAAAUACGGUAAAGAAAGUGCAAUUUCACCAACUGUGUUGCAUCAACAGUGUUCUCAAAUGGUGCCAGAAUGGCUGCCAUCACACACGGCUGUGGUGAUUUGUAGCUUCUGUACCACUUUUACUAACAUUUCUGCAAUUUGUUAAGGGAAAUAUUUGCACAUCCAACUUUCACAGAUGCAGGUGCGUUGUAAAAAAAUCGCUUGAGCCUUUGAAGAGACAAUCCCUCACACUGCUCUUGUUCAGCUUCACAAUUAUUUUUUCUAACACUAAUGUUCAGUCCGACUGGACACUCUAGACGACCCAGUAGGACCGAAACAUUAGUGUUACAAUAAAUCGUAAAGCUGCUGAAGGAGCAGUGUGAGGGAUUUUCUGUUCAAAGACUCAAAU